CUUUGCAUGACGAUUAGCGCGAUAUAUUUCCCCCUUGGAAAAAAGCAAUAGGCUCGGUUUCUCUCUCUAUUCUCUCUCCUGUUUGUGUGGCUCGCAGGACGCACCAACCACUCCUCUCCGUCAGCAGCGCCGAAGGCAUGCUUUUCCAUUUUUGGUAAACUAUAAUAUAAUUUGAAGUAUCCCAACUUCGCUUUUCUCCUCUCUCUUUCGCUCAUUACUCUGCCAUUACUCCCGCACUGAACCCUUCAGUCUUCUCUCUCUUUUCUCCUCCUCUUCCCUUCGUAUCUUUCCCUGUUGAAGUUCCUCCCCUUCCUGCUCUAUUUCAUGGAGCCUUUUGCUUAGGAAAGCAGGCGCCUUUCUCCUCCUCGGGAGAAGAUCCGUUUGCCAUGGAAUCAAUUUUUUCAGGUUUUGUGAUAGAUCCUGCAAAAUGCAGUGAGCUGAGUUUGGAGGAGAAAAGGGAGCUAGUACAUGAAAUAUCACGAUGGGCAGACAAUGCUCCUGAAAUUCUUCAGUCAUGGACACGUCGAGAGCUUCUUCAGCUCAUAUGUGCAGAGAUGGGAAAGGAGAGGAAAUAUACUGGUGUGACAAAACCUAAAAUGAUAGAGCAUCUCCUUAGGCUGGUUUCCCAAAAGAAUGGCAUGGUCAGUGAUGAUAAAAAUUCCAUUUCACUUAUCUCUUUGAAAAACAAAAAUGGAACUAAAAAGAAAAGGAAAAAGGAGCAACCACUACAACCUGGAAAUGACUUGCACUCGGAUCUGUCCACUGAAGCCAACGAAGACAAUACUAACAACCACUUCUGUCAGAAUCUUGUAUGCCGAGCCACUCUGUGUCCUCCGGAUCAAUAUUGUAAAAGAUGUUCUUGCUGCAUCUGCUAUCAGUACGAUGAUAAUAAGGAUCCUUCUCUUUGGUUGGUUUGCAGCUCUGAUCCUCCAUAUUGUGGUGAUUCAUGUGGUAUGUCUUGCCAUCUCAAAUGUGCGCUCAAGCAUGAGAAGGCAGGCAUUUUGAAGACUGGGUAUUGUCAGAAGUUGGAUGGAAGCUUCUACUGCGUUUAUUGUGGCAAAAUCAAUUGGCUUAUAGGAAGCUGGCGUAAACAGUUGUUAAUUGCGAAAGAUGCGAGGAGGGUAGAUGUACUAUGUGAGAGACUGUUUUUAAGUCACAAGAUCCUCAGAGGAACUGAAGAUUACAAGGAACUCCACAGCAUUGUGAAUGCAGCAGUGAAGAAACUCAAGAAAGAAGUUGGUUCUCUUGAUAAAGUCUCUGCAGUGAUGGCAAGGGGAAUUGUUAACCGUCUUGCUUGUGGUGCGGAGAUUCAGAAGCUUUGUGCUUACGCCUUGACAACUACAGAUUCCAUUCUUUCUUCUUCCUUCGACCUCAUGGCUGGUGCUGCUCUAAACAUUCCAAGUAAUUGCGCUUUUUUUAAUAACCUUGGCUCAAUCCUUUUUUGUGAUGCCACUUACAGCUCUUCUUUUUCAUCAUUUGCAUCAGGCCCUCAAGUUUUCUGCAUCCGAUUUGAAGAUCUCUCUCCAACUACUAUCAUUGUCUCGCUUCAUUCCAUAGACGAAGUCUUUGAAGAGAAUAUCAUAGGCUGCAAACUAUGGCAUCGAUGUUCCAAGGCUUUGGACUACCCUGAAGAACCAACCUGCAUUAUAUUGCGACCUGAAAAGAGAAUCAUGAUAUCAGGGCUUUGUCCUUCAACGGAAUACUUUUUCAGAGCAGCUCCGUUCAGCAGCACCAAGGAAUUCGGGAGAUGGGAGUCCAAGUGCUCGACACAAAACCCGAGUGGUAACAGCGGCAGAGUUCCUGAUCUUAACCGCGUUUCGUCAUUCCCGAAGAAAGAACAUGAGACAGCCGAGCAACCUAUUAUCAUUCAAACGGAUUCUCAAAAAGGUUCGACGAACUCUAGCGAUGAUCACCUCGCAACCAAAGUCCAUAAACAUGACAGCGAUAACAACGAGAGCCAUGUGGUGCCAUCUAACCUGGAGCCAUGUGCUUUUGUGAGCUCAAAUUCUGUUCCCGCUGAAACACCAAGCAAACCUAAUCGAGUCAUCGGCGCACCAAGUUCAGCGAACAAGAAGGAAUCAGUAGAGAGGGAUUACGAGUACUGCGUUAAGGUGAUUAGAUGGUUGGAGUGUGAAGGGCACAUGGAGAAGGAGUUCCGAGUGAAAUUCCUUACGUGGUUUAGCCUGAAGGCCACGCAACAAGAGCGGAGGGUGGUGAGCACCUUCAUUCAUGUUCUGAUUGACGAGCCUGCGAGUUUAGUGGCUCAGUUGGCAGAUGCUUUUAUGGAUGGAAUUUGCAGCAAGCAGCCAGCAGUUCAGAGUGGGUUCUUUAGCAGGUUGUGGCAUUAAUCAAAGGUGGUUCACCAUCCUCAAUUUUUAUACCAAGAUGGUUGAUUCUAAGCUUGUAGAUUUUAUCAUGGUGCAGAAACCAUACAAUAGGGAGCAGUUAGGAUAUUGCUGAUUUGUCUUGAUUUGGAAGAAUCUUACCUAUUGGAGAAGGAAAGCUUCAAUGUUAAGGCUUUCUAAUAUUUGAAAUUUUUGGUUAAGUUAAUGAUCUUAAUUUUUUGUUGCAAACUUUGACUAGGGGUGCCAUGGAAAAAAUUGGUUUCAUGAAUGUCAUUUGGGUUCUAAUUUUUGGAGCACAUAGCUCAUAGUAAUUGAUUAGAAUUGUUGUCAUCUAUAAUUGAUGUUCGCUGAAGUUUCUAAUCUACCAAGG